AUGAAUUCUUCAAUGUAUCAAAACGAUGACAACGAAACCGCUGUACAACCCAGUUUGAGUGCUGUCGCCGACCCCACUGUAUGGGGCCAUGUCUUCUAUGGCGAUGCGAUGGCAUGUGCAGCCUCGGCGGCGGCAUGUACCGGCCACAAACGACCGAUGGAACUAUGUGGCCGUGUUACUCGGCCCGGGAUGCCUCGACCAUGA